CAGUUUGAGCCUCCACGAGAGAGGAGGAGUCGCAGAAGUGAUUGCGGGUAGAGGGGGUUGUGUCUCUCAUUGGAAACCCAAGCUUCGAGGUCGGAACUUGGCCGCGGUAAGGGGGGAGGGGGAGAAAUAUGCCUUUGAUGUUGUACGCCGCUGAAUAGUGAAUUGUGUUCGUGCUGGAAAUACCCACCGCUUCGCUCUCUCUGGGUUUGAGGUGGAAACUCGGCAUUUCCCCCCCUCCUCCAGUCCUAUCUGCGUUAACUAGCCAAACAAGCGGCGAAGACCUGGCAAAAGACAUAUUUGCUGUGCGGGCUGAGGGCAGGCAAGAACAAUGGCUACCCAGUCUGAUCUGAUGGAGUUGGACAUGGCUAUGGGUGAUAGCAAGGUUGCUGUGAGCCAGUGGCAGCAGCAGUCCUAUCUAGAUUCAGGAAUCCAGUCUGGCGUCACCACCACAGCACCAUCUUUGAGUGGCAAAGGGAAUCCUGAUGCUGAGGAAGAUGAUCCAACUCUUUAUGACUGGGAGUUUAACCAGCCCUUCACUCCUGAGGCGGCAGACAUUGAAGGUUACGCCAUGACCCGAGCCCAGCGUGUGCGAGCUGCUAUGUUCCCUGAGACCCUGGAGGAGGGUAUUCAGAUCCCACCCACCCAGCUGGACGCUGCCCAUCCAACGGCAGUCCAGCGUCUGGCAGAGCCCUCUCAGAUGCUAAAGCAUGCCGUGGUUAACCUCAUCAACUAUCAGGAUGAUGCUGAGCUGGCCACUCGGGCCAUACCCGAGCUCACCAAACUGCUCAACGAUGAGGACCAGGUUGUUGUGAACAAAGCUGCUGUAAUGGUGCAUCAGUUGUCAAAGAAGGAGGCGUCGCGUCACGCCCUGAUGCGCUCGCCACAGAUGGUUUCAGCAGUUGUUCGUGCAAUGCAAAACACCAACGAUGUGGAGACGGCUCGCUGUUCUGCUGGCACGCUGCACAACCUUUCCCAUCACCGUGAGGGGCUCCUCGCUAUCUUCAAGUCUGGAGGCAUUCCUGCUCUGGUCAAGAUGCUGGGCUCACCAGUGGACAGCGUGUUGUUCUAUGCCAUCACUACACUCCACAACCUGUUGCUGCACCAGGAAGGGGCCAAGAUGGCGGUGCGCCUCGCCGGAGGGCUGCAAAAGAUGGUAGCCCUGCUGUCCAACACCAACGUCAAGUUCUUGGCCAUCACUACCGACUGUCUGCAGAUCCUGGCAUAUGGCAAUCAGGAAAGCAAGCUGAUCAUUCUGGCCAGCGGUGGACCUCAGGCCCUGGUCAACAUUAUGAGGACUUUUACAUACGAGAAACUGCUGUGGACCACAAGCAGAGUGCUAAAAGUGCUCUCUGUCUGCUCAAGCAACAAACCGGCCAUUGUAGAAGCUGGUGGGAUGCAAGCUUUGGGUCUUCAUCUAACAGACCCCAGCCAGCGUCUGGUUCAGAACUGCCUCUGGACUCUGAGGAAUCUUUCAGAUGCAGCCACUAAACAGGAGGGAAUGGAGGGUCUCCUUGGUACCCUGGUCCAGCUGUUGGGCAGCGAUGACAUCAACGUGGUGACAUGUGCUGCUGGCAUCCUCUCUAACCUGACCUGCAACAAUUAUAGUAACAAACUCAUGGUCUGCCAGGUUGGUGGCAUUGAGGCUUUGGUGCGAACUGUGCUCCGGGCCGGCGACAGAGAGGACAUCACAGAACCGGCUGUGUGUGCCCUGCGUCACCUGACCUCACGCCACCAGGAUGCAGAAAUGGCUCAGAAUGCAGUGCGCCUUCACUAUGGCCUGCCUGUGGUUGUUAAGCUGCUGCACCCACCAUCCCACUGGCCACUAAUCAAGGCAACGGUUGGUCUCAUUCGCAACCUAGCUCUGUGCCCAGCCAAUCACAGCGCUCUGCGGGAGCAGGGAGCCAUUCCCCGAUUGGUCCAGCUGCUUGUCCGGGCGCAUCAGGACACCCAGAGGCGCACGAGCAUGGGGGGGAACCAGCAGCAGUUUGUGGAGGGAGUGCGUAUGGAGGAAAUAGUUGAAGGUUGCACAGGAGCUCUGCACAUCCUGGCCCGGGAUGUCCACAACAGGAUUGUGAUCAGAGGGCUCAACACCAUUCCACUCUUUGUCCAGUUGUUGUAUUCUCCAGUGGAAAACAUCCAGCGUGUCGCAGCAGGUGUGCUGUGCGAACUGGCGCAGGACAAAGAAGCAGCCGAGGCCAUUGAAGCCGAGGGGGCCACUGCACCGCUCACUGAGCUGCUGCAUUCUCGUAAUGAGGGCGUCGCAACCUAUGCUGCAGCUGUCCUGUUCCGCAUGUCUGAAGACAAACCCCAGGACUACAAGAAGCGUCUUUCAGUGGAGCUGACCAGCUCACUGUUCAGAACUGAGCCCAUGGCCUGGAAUGAUACUGGGGAUCUGGGGCUGGAUAUGGCAGCACAAGGAGAUCCUCUGGCUUUCAGGCAAGAUGAUGGAGCAUAUCGGGCGUACCCAGCAGCUUAUGGCCAGGACCCUCUGCUAGACCCUAUGAUGGAAGGCGCAGACUACCAUGCUGACGCGCUGCCCGACCUGGGUCACCAUACUGAUCCUUUGCCAGACCUUGGCCAUACCCAGGAACUGAUGGACAGCAACCAGCUGGCCUGGUUUGACACUGACCUGUAGGAUUGUCAUUUUCCAAUAGAACCUGCAUUGUGACUGUCCUGUAUCGUCUGAAGCAGCAUUACGAUUGCCCUGUAGAGUGUUAAAGGUAAAGAGAGAGGGAAUUAAAGUGGUCCUGGGAAGUGCCUGACACAAGAAAAAAACAAACAAAUCAAAGAUGGUUCCCACAGGAUUGUUUAAGCAAGUUGAAACGGAGGGGAGAGGAGAAUUUCCAAGUAUCAAAGAUAAAACACAAUGGAGGUUAAAGAGCAGGUUAUCUAUUUGGAUGAGUGCACAAAAGGUUGAUCUUAAAAGUGUGAAACACAUGUUUUAGCCUCGCCUGUAUUAGUUUUUUUUUUUUUUUUUGUUUCUACUUUUCUUAUUCUAUUUUUUAUUUCGUUUUGUAAUACUCAUUAUAUGUUAUGGUACUGACCCAGCUUGCCUUCGCACUAUCCAUUUUCAUUUUCUCUCCAAUGCUAAUCAUUUGUAUUUUUUUUUCUUUCUUUUUUUAAGAACGUAUAUUACAUGUAGUGUUAAGUUAUAGUGAUAUUAUACAAUGUUCCUUUGGUUAUGGUCGAAUGUGUAGAACACUAAUAAUCAGUUGAAAUGUACUCUGACUUAAAGUGUAACAUUGUGUAGGUUUUUUUAUAUAAUCUCAAAAAUGGAGAAUUAUGCACUCUUGUUAUGUGCUUGUUUAAGCAUAAAAAUAUGUCGGUGUCAAAUGUUCUAAAUGGGGAAAUGGGUGAAAUUAAGGGUGGGACGGGGAUAAAUCUACAAACAAGUGUUUUAUAUACAGUAUCACUGGUAGGUUAACAACUAUUUUGUAUGCCAUCAUUGGAUGUUUGAUAGGAAAAAAAAAACAACGCUAUCGUUGGUGGUUUGACAAAACCCACGUUUCAUGUCCUAUCAAUGGUAGCUAGGUUGACAAACGGUUGUAGUCCUGCUGUGUUUAUUUUGGAGACAAGGUUAUGACACGGCUGAACAAUAAAAAGCAUUUUAUUUCA